AUGAGCUGGGACAGAGUCAUCCAAGACUCUGAUGAGGAAGAACCCCUCAUUGAGGACGAUUUCCCCGCCUCAACGGACCCAUUGCAAGACCUCGGGUCUCCCGCAAAUCACUGCGACGAUGCAAGCAACAAAGAUCCAUACGAAACAGUCGCGCAAGCUGACUACCCAGUCACGGAGGAAGUGCCAGGUCCAGCAUUGAGUGUCAAUUUCGAUCAAUUCCUCCAGUCCCAAGAUGGAACCCAGGCGCUAUCUACCUCAUCUCAACGCCAACGUGAAGAAAGGUGGAUUCCCUCUGCCGAUGGAGGCGGGGGUGGCUCAGUUGGUGCAACUAUGGCUGAAAUAGGUCUUGCACAGCAAAGACUGUUCGACGACGAGGGUUCCAAUGCAGGUCAAUAUAUCCCGUCUACGGCAACAUUCUACCCAAGCGAGAUUUCCCAACCGGGCUCUUUUCCAACAAUCCAACAAUUCCAAUACCCCCGCUACGGGGGUUCAACUGAAUAUUUGCCCGCAUUCACUCAUGCACCUCAAAAUGGCCCCUACGAGGCGACCCAGCUCCUCCCGCAGGGUCAGCCACUCCUUCCAGGAUUCAGCACGCCUGCAGCCUCCACCAAUUUGGAUGCGCACGAAGAUAUCUCCGGCUUCUCCCCAUCGGCACAACUCGCCGAAAAUCUCGGAGAUAAUCUUUCCAAGAAGGCUGCGCAUCAAGCCAAGCCAAUUCAAUCCGCUACUUAUUCACCCCAUGAUACUGAACCAUUCUCCUCAGUAAUAUCACCACUGCCGGAUACUUCCAAGAACGAGGAUCAAACGUCUGGUCUGGUAUCUCCACAGAAAUCACCGGGAAACACCCACGACGAGCUCGCCUUGCCUAUUCCCACCGUGGAAGUGGCCGGCGCGAAGAAGAAGCGCGGCCGUCCAAAGAAGCAGCCAUUGGGCGAAGACGAAGACGACGAGCUUGCUUUGUUCCAAGACUCAGACCUGACUUCUACAACCAAGCCGACAGCAAAGCGACGUCCAGGCCGGCCCCCCAAAGCUGCUGGCAUACCUACCGCGGAUGAUAGUUCGGGUGAUACUACUGCCUCAGAGAUGCCGGCAAGCAAGAUAGUGGUUUUGAACGUCAACGCACUUUCACGAGUCACUAGCGCCGACACCCCCAACUUCACUAAAGAUAAAAAGAAGGCAACAAAGGAACCGAAAAAGAAACAGACGAAGCGGGCAAAGGCCACCGAGACCGAGAGCACGACUGCUACCGACGAUGAUGUGAUAUGGAUAGAUUCCAAAUCCGCUGAAGCAACGGAGGAAGGCCAAGGGCACUCCCACCUAAAGCCCGAACGACAGCCAUCCAUGCCAUGCAGAACCGAAGACAUCCCAAACCAUGAACCAACAACCCAAACCAUCAACAGAGAGACCUGCUCCGAAGAAGCGCGGAAGGAAGCGAAAAAAUGUACCCGAAGACACGCCCAAGAGCCCUUGCCUACAGAAGUGAACGAUGCAACAGAGACCAGCGGCGCAGUCUCUGGCACUGAAGCAGGCAAAAGUGAAGAUACCGCCGGCGACGCAUCAAACCCAAACACGGGCAAGGACAGCAAAGAUGCACCGCCUGACAACCAAGAAAACCAAGAGCCGAAGACAUCUGAACAAGAAGCCCCGUCAAAAGCCGAGCCUGGUGAGCUUCCUAAAACGCCCGCAGCCAGUAUGCGCAGUAGCUUGGACAGACCAAGUCCGAUGUUUUCGGCAGGCAAAGUGCCCUAUCGUGUCGGACUAUCCAAACGAGCUCGAAUUGCCCCGUUGCUCAAGGUCGUGCGGAAAUGA